UGUGCCCGCUCGAUCGGGCAGUGUCAUCAGUGGGCAUGUGCGUUACACAUGCGCAGGGUUGUGCUGCUACAUAUCAUUCUCACUCCACCCACCCCUAAAGGUAGACCCGAUACACUGUCAGCACAUUUGCAGCUCGCCUCGGCACCAGCAAAAAUGCAAAUCCAGAGCAACAUUCAGAGUGUCAAUUCGAUCUUCGGCUGUAACGCGUCCGGCCACAGCGGCAUCAACCAGCUGGGCGGGGUCUACGUCAAUGGGCGGCCACUGCCGGAUUCUACACGCCAGAAAAUCGUAGAACUGGCCCAUUCCGGGGCUAGACCGUGCGACAUUUCCCGCAUUCUACAGGUUUCCAAUGGGUGUGUUAGUAAAAUUCUCGGUCGGUACUAUGAGACGGGAUCGAUCAAACCGCGAGCGAUCGGUGGUAGCAAACCGAGGGUAGCCACCGCUGCCGUGGUAUCCAAGAUCUCCGACUACAAGGCCGAGUGUCCGAGCAUUUUUGCCUGGGAAAUUCGGGACAGACUGCUGUCGGAGGGUGUUUGUAACAACGAUAACAUUCCUAGUGUUUCCUCGAUCAAUCGAGUACUGCGCAAUUUGGCCUCCAACAAGGAAACUUCUACCCAGAGCAAUGACACGGUUUACGAGAAGAUUAAACUAUUCAACAACACAAGCAGCCACUGGACCUGGUGCCAGAACAUCGGCGGAGGACAGUUCAACUUUUCCUCCCACCCGAUCUCACAUCUGACCCUGAAGAGUCCAACCGAUCCGCAACAAUCGAAACCAGGUAGGCUGCGCAAAAUUCACCUCACCUCCCCAACCAAACGAUUCUCAAAUCCAGUCAAUUGCUGUUUAGAGGAAAUGAGCGACAAGUACUCAUCGGAGGACGACGAAGACUCGGAACUGCGGCUGAAGCUGAAGCGAAAGUUGCAGCGCAAUCGAACUUCCUUCACCAACGAGCAGAUCGAAAAUCUGGAAAGAGAGUUCGAGCGGACACACUAUCCGGAUGUGUUUGCCCGGGAGCGGCUCUCGGAGCGGAUUCAGUUGCCGGAAGCGAGAAUACAGGUAAUGGGGUUCCAGUGGCCGUUGCCGCCGCCAGGUGGGUAAGUUCUGGUCAGGUUGCGGUUGCGGUUGAGAUUAAACAGGUAAAUUGAAAAUUUCGGUAAGUUUUAUGGCAAACUGGUUGUUUUCUACUGAAAACGUUGUUUUCAAAUGAGCGACAAGAAAUAGUUUCUUUAAGCAAAUUUAGGUUGCCGUUUGACUGCGGGGAUGACACGACAGAGUGGCGUCUGGAAGGAGCCCCUUUUUGGAAAGCGUUUAGUGACGUCGCUGGAAGGAUUUUUUCAUGCGAAAUAGUAAGUCAAUAAAAAUGUAUCAAACAUUGAAA